AUGGCGCGUCCAAAAGCAGUCCGCGCGCCAACAACAGCCAGUCUUCCAAACAACCUCCGCAUUCCCUCGACUACAUCAUCCUUGGCCAAAACGUUAGGCAAGCUUUCUCGACCAGCACUAAUUGAUCUAGCUUUGACAUGGCUUGACGAUUCAAAUAUCGAAUCAUUUCCACCAUAUCUCCAACACGAAGCCGAUAACAACCCCGACGACGAAGACGCGCUACCCUACCCCGCCGCAGAGACCGUUGAGGAAGUGCGUCAGGCAUACGAGGACCUACAAGAACGCAAAGGCGGCAAGCGAGAAGUUCUAGAGCGCAUUCUAGACGGCGACUGGCGCCAUGGAAUCACAUUGCGCCAACUCGCAAUGGCAGAUCUGCGCUACAUAGACGACCACCCAGCAAGCUUGCGCUGGACAGCACUAGAGCUAAGCCGCAUCGAAAACCGCCACAAAGAGUCCUCCCACUCCACAGAACACUGGUCAAGCAACAUCCCACGCAUCCAAGCCGCCACCUUUGUGAAAGCCCUCCAGCAGGAAAUCGCCUCUCUGGUCAAGGCGCAUUACCAUCUAUCCCGCUCAUCAACUCUCCCAAUCACCUUCUUACGCAUAUUCAUCGUCGACUCCCCCUAUCAAACUCCCCGGCAAAAUCCCGAGGUCUUCGCCGACUCCUCCCGCAUUAUAUACGUGGCUUUCCCAGACAGCUGCCCUUAUAUCUAUACUUCAAUCACGGCAUCGGGAAAGUCGUCUGCGCCUACAUCUAGUUCCAUCGCUACGGACCCAAGGAGUCUUCAGCGCUUAGUACGCGAUGCAGUCCCGAAGGCUCUCUCCCGCCCUCAGGAGCGGUAUACAGUAAAAGCUACCGCGCUAGCGGCAAAGAAUCUACCGACCCUGUUGGCGCUCCGUGGCCCGGGCCGCUCAGGCGCUGCAAAUGGUAGCUACAGUAUAUUCGCCGAUGCUGCUCUUGAAGGAAGUCCGUUAGAUCCGCGGCCUUCUGCUACUGUCUCUGCGGAGGAAUAUAUGCGUGGGGGGCAUAAACCUGUCGAUGACAAUAAAGACAACGGGGAUGUGGAGGAUCCACAGGCUUUGGCUGUGUCGAGGAAAAGGGUUUCGGGUAUCAGCGAUCCUACUAUGUUGUCGCCGACUUCGAAGAAAAGGCGUCUGGCUGUGGAGUCGCGCUUUGGUUCGGCUUGCUCCUCGCUGACACCCGCACCGUUGGACCGUCUGGAUGUUCGACUUUUGGAUCUGCCUGAUGUUGAUGAGGAUGGUGGUGUGGAUCGGUUGGCUGGGCCAGUACCUCCCGUGUCGCUCUCAUUUUCUGGGGCCGAUGUCAUUGGUGGUUUUCGGAAGCUGGCUGAGUUGGGCGUGGUUGAUCCUGAACGGAUGCCAUCUUGGAUGACAGGCGAAGAAGCUGUCAGCAUGGCUGUUGUUCGCGGAGGUAAGCGGAUUAAAAAGACUACGUGA